GCCUUGAGAGAGCCUUUUUUUAGCUUAGCCGCGAGCUUUUGUGAAAUAAGGUGCGCGAAAAAGCCCCCCGCCUUUGUGUUUCAUUUUCAUUUCAUUUUUUCUUUUUUACCACCAAAACUUUUAAAUCCCCAAUUUUGGGUUUUUCGAAUCUAUCCCAAAAAGCUCAGAAAUUUAGGGUUUGGCUUUCUUUUGUACUCUUUUAAUUCGAUUCUCGUUUUCACCGCUGUUUAGUGUAAUCUCAUCUUCCACAUGGCGACUGAAACCCUAAAAUUGAAGACACCAGAAUUAGCAGUUGAUUCUCCGCCCAAGGAAGAAGCUGAUUCCGUGAAGGAUACAACAGAGAAGAAGGUAGUAGCUCCAGUAAGUGAAGACGCCGAGAAGAAGAAGAAAGAGGAAACCAUGAAGGACAAAGGAAGAGUAGAAGAAGCGAAUGGUGGAGAAAGAGUUAAAUCUCCGGUGACUCCACUCAGUGAGAGGCCUACAAGGGAGAGAAAGAGGACUGAGCGUUACAUUAUGGAUGAUACUCCUCCUCCUUCUCGAUCCCCUGGGAACAAGCCUGUCUCUAUUGAGCAGGGUCGUGGAACACGGCUUAAGGAGAUUCCAAAUGUUGCUUAUAAACUAUCCAAGAGAAAGCCUGACGACAAUCUCUUCUUACUUCACACCAUUCUCUACGGCAAGAAAGGAAAGGCACAGACGCUGAAGAAAAACAUUGGUCAGUUUUCGGGUUUUGUAUGGUCAGAGCAAGAGGAGGAGAAGCAAAGAGCAAGAACAAAGGAGAAGCUUGAUAAAUUUAACAAAGAAAAGUUAAUUGAUCUCUGUGAUGUGCUUGAUAUACCCAAUAACAAAAGUAAUGUGAAAAAAGACGAACUUGCUGUAAAAGUGCUUGAAUUUUUGGUACAUCCCAAGGUAACGAGGGAUGUUGUACUUGCUGAUAGUGAAAAGGAAACUAAAAAGCGCAAGAAGAGUGUAAGUAACUUGACUUCUGGGGAAUCAUCAGAUGUCCCAGCCAAGAAGAGAAGGCAGACGAAAAGUUCUGGAAAGAAGCAAGAUAAGCCAUCUGAGACGGAAGAAGGAAAUGGUGAGGCUGAUGUUGGUUCUGAAGAUGACCCUCAUGGAGAAGAAAACAACAAAAAUGAAGAUACUGAAACUGAAGACGAGAAAGAUAAAGCCAAGGAGAAGAAAAAGUCAACCGAUAAGAAAAGCUUGUCAAAAAGGACUAAGAAGGAGAAACCAGCAGCUGAGGAGGAGAAGUCUCUUAAAGGUUCUGCAAAAUCUGGUCGAAAGUCCUCCAAACAAGUCGAUAAAUCAACUGCAUCAUCAAGCAAGAAGCAAGAGGUUGAUAAACACGAUUCCUCUAAAGAGAAAGGCAAGAGACAGACAAGUAAACCACAGGCAAAGGGAUCCAAAGAUCAAGGUGCAGGAAAAACCCCUGAGAAAGGUAAAAAAGAACCCACAAGAAAAGAAGUGCAUGUAGUGGUGGCCAAAAUCCUGAAGGAAGUAGACUUCAAUACGGCAACUCUAUCUGAUAUUCUGCGGAAGCUUGGGAGCCAUUUUGGAGUUGAUCUUAUGCAUAGAAAAGCGGAGGUGAAGGAUAUCGUUACAGAUGCCAUUAACGAAAUGAGUAGUGCUGAUGAUGAAAGGUGAGAAAGCUAAAGAAGACAAAGAAAGAAAGGACUAGUUUUGUCUUUCUUUCUGCAAAUCCUAUAUGAAAAUAAGAUAAAACAUAACCAAGAAGACGGUUUAACUUAACCUUCAUCUGUGAAUCAUAGUAGUGAUUUACAGAAUGGGAUUUGUUUGUGCUGUUCGUGUAUUGUGUAAUCUGUUAGGCUCAUGUAGUACCAGGUACGCCCCACUUGUGUAGCUGUUAAGUUUCUAACUUUCUAUUUAACUAUAAUGAUUGUAUGAUUGGAUACUUUUGAGUUAAUUUGAGAUGUAUUUGUAAGGACUUCCAA